AGAGGUGAGGUGAGGUGAGGUGGACAGCCGAGGUGAGGUGCACAAGGUGUGUGGACAGCCGAGAGGUGCGGUGAACAGGUGAGAGGUGAGGUGCACAAGGUGUGUGGACAGGUGAGAGGCGAGGUGCACAAGGUGUGUGGACAGGUGAGAGGUGAGGUGCACAAGGUGUGUGGACAGGUGUGUGGACAGGUGAGAGGCGAGGUGCACAAGGUGUGUGGACAAGUGAGAGGCGAGGUGCACAAGGUGUGUGGACAGGUGAGAGGUGAGGUGCACAAGGUGUGUGGACAGGUGAGUCGUACACAGGGGAGAUACAGGGGAACAGUUGAAAGAGAAAGAGGGGAGAGAGAGAGACGCGGGCAGAGUGUGCGUGAGAGAGAGGAAGACGCGAGAGAGGAGAGAAAGAGACCAGUAGGAAGGGAGAGAUAAAGGGGGAGACGAGAGGGUUUGCAGGAGACAGGCAGAGAGAGGGAGGUGUCUCUGGGCAGAGUCGGAGAGGGGUAGACGGGGAGAGGAGGGUCGCAGAUCAUCGAGCAACAGGAGCCGGGCAGAGAAUGGAAAUGUUUGGGGCUAAACUGAACAGGGAAACUCAGUCUUCAUGCGCUCGCGAGCUCCAGCAGCCUGGUGAACGGCGUUGUCCCGCGGCGGGCGAGCAGCGCCCGCAGUCUGCAGGGCGACCUGGGCAAGAACGUGCGGCUGAUGUCGCACGGUCCGGUGAGCGGGGUCGGUGUGGGCCGGGUGGGGUUCUCGCUGCCGUCCUUCAACCAACAGGACGAGCUGCAGGGGCUGAACCAGCGGCUGGCCAACUACAUCAACAAAGUAAAACGCCUGGAGACGGCCAACAAGGAGCUGGACAGCAAGAUCAAGGUCCUGCUGGCCAAGAGAGGCACAUUGUCCCGGGGACUGGGACUCGUACGAGAAGCCGGUGCUGGACAUCUGCAGCAGAUGCUGCUCGACCCGCUGAGUGGCUCCGGCAGAUGUUGCGUUGCUCCAGAUUCCAGCGCCUAUAGUCUCCGGUGUGGCUCCGAGUUCCUCCGGCACCUUGUUUCAGGUCGGACCCCGCCCUGGAGAUUCCCGGCGUCUGGGGGCUGUUUGGUUAAUUCUUUCCCGUUCAAUGUGCAGGACAUCAGCAUGGAUAACGCUGGUCUGACCUUGCAGCUGGACAACUGUGAGUUGGCGUCUGAUGACUUCAAAGUGAAGUGGCAGUCAGAGCUGGACCUGAGGCAGUCUGUGGAACAGGACCUCAAUGGGCUGCGGAAAAUCCUGGAAGAAACCACGUGGGUCGUGGGCAAGCUGGAGGCACAGAUCGAGGCCAUGAAUGAGGAGCUGGGUUACCUCCGCAAGAACCAUCAGGAGGAAGUGGACGAUCUCAGAAAACAGAUUUCGAAUUCCAAUAUCUCGGUGGAGCUUGAAAAGUCCGAAGAAGAGGACCUGGGACAAGUGAUUAACAAGAUCCGUGAGGAAUAUCAGGCCCUGGCUGACCAGAACAAGAAGGAAGCGGAGGAAUGUUACAGGAAGAAGUUCGAUGCCGCCUCCCUUGAGGUCUCGAAGAACAACGAGGCUCUGCAAGCAGCGAAGCAAAAUGUCACCGAGCUCCGACGUCAGAUUAAAAACCUGGAGGUGGAGCAUCGCACCCUGGGAGCCACGAUCCAGUCCCUGGAGGACACCCUGCAGGACACCGAGGACCGGGUGAACAUGGAAGUCCAGACCCUGAACAACACCAUCAGCAGCCUGGAACAGCAGCUGGCCAAACUCCGGGCCGACCUGACGAACCGGGGAGUGGAAGUACCAGACCUGCUCAACACCAAGAUGAGGCUGCAGGCGGAGAUCGACACCUACCGGAAGCUUCUGGAGGGAGAUGGAUUAAGUCAAUCAGACCACUUAAGAUCAACUCCAGGCACUGGAGAGCCGAGGAAAAAUGCUAAGAAAGUCAUCAUCAUUUCCCAGAAACUUGUGGACGGGAGGUUGUUUCUGAGAAGCAAGAAUCAGAAGAAGUUCUGGAUUGAAAAUCUGGGCAGAAUUUGGGGGAAAACAUUCAAAAGAUUUGGAGCUAAUACUCUUGGGAGGGGACUGUCUGGUGAUCCUGUCUGUCGGGUGGGGCGCAAGGGUCAGCUGUGGACUGGGGAGGCGGGUGCCAUUUGGGUGAAGGAGCAGAGGGUGUGGCUGUACCCACGUGUUCCCAAUGCUUCCUUCAGCCCCAAGGGGGCUGAGCUGUUGAAGAGUGAUCCAAACACCAUUCUCAGUGUCACUGAACUGAUCUCACGGGUACCUCUCGGGAACACUUGCUUGGUUUGGGAUGGCAUUUUGUGUGGGCAGGGAUUUUGAUGUGAGGGUGGCGCUCCCUGAAAUGCUCAGGUCUUGGCUCUGUGCUUGUGAUUGGUCUAUUCAUUGGAUACUUGCUGGAUUUCUUGAAAGUUUAAGCAUAAUUCUGUCUAAAGCAAUAAGACGCCUCGAUACAAAUGUGGGGAGGGAGAUGUGGGAAUCUGAUCUUGUGAUUGUAAUGGUGUUUAUUUCUCUAAAUAAUGUAUUAAAGGAUUCUGCUUGCAACCUCC